AUGUUCCCAGAGGAGAUGCAGGAUGAGAAGAGGAAGCUGUUCCCCGAGGAGAUACAGGAUGAGAGGAGGAAGCUGUUCUCAGAGGAAAUACGGGAGGAGAGGAUGAAGCUGUUCCCAGAGGAGAUACAGGAUGAGAGGAGGAAGCUGUUCUCAGAGGAGAUACAGGAUGAGAGGAGGAAGCUGUUCCCAGAGGAGAUACAGGAGGAGAUGAUGAAGCUGUUCUCAGAGGAGAUACAGGAUGGGAGGAUGAAGCUGUUCCCAGAGGAGAUACAGGAGGAGAGGAGGAAGCUGUUCUCAGAGGAGAUAAAGGAUGAGAGGAGGAAGUUGUUCUCAGAGGAGAUACAGGAGGAGAUGAUGAAGCUGUUCUCAGAGGAGAUACAGGGGGAGAGGAUGAAGCUGUUCCCAGAGGAGAUACAGGAUGAGAGGAUGAAGCUGUUCUCAGAGGAGAUACAGGAUGAGAGUAUAAAGCUGUUCCCAGAGGCGAUACAGGAUGAGAGGAUAAAGCUGUUCUCAGAGGAGAUACAGGAUGAGAGGAGGAAGCUGUUCUCAGAGGAGAUACAGGAGGAGAUGAUGAAGCUGUUCUCAGAGGAGAUACAGGGGGAGAGGAUGAAGCUGUUCCCAGAGGAGAUACAGGAUGAAAGGAUGAAGCUGUUCUCAGAGGAGAUACAGGAUGAGAGGAUGAAGCUGUUCCCAGAGGCGAUACAGGAUGAGAGGAUAAAGCUGUUCUCAGAGGAGAUACAGGAUGAGAGGAUGAAGCUGUUCCCAGAGGAGAUACGGGAUGAGAGCUUGAAGCUGUUUCCAGAGGAGAAACAGGACGAGAGGAUGAACCUGCUCUCAGAGGAGAUACAGGAUGAGAGGAUGAAGCUGUUCCCAGAGGAGAUACGGGAUGAGAGCUUGAAGCUGUUUCCAGAGGAGAUACGUGACGAGAGGAUGAACCUUCUCUCAGAGGAGAUACAGGAUGAGAGGAGGAAGCUGUUCUCAGAGGAGAUACAGGAGGAGAGGAGGAAGCUGUUCUCAGAGGAGAUACAGGAGGAGAUGAUGAAGCUGUUCUCAGAGGAGAUACAGGAGGAGAGGAUGAAGCUGUUCUCAGAGGAGAUAAAGGAUGAGAGGAGGAAGCUGUUCUCAGAGGAGAUACAGGAGGAGAUGAUGAAGCUGUUCUCAGAGGAGAUACAGGAUGAGAGGAGGAAGCUGUUCCCAGAGGAGAUACAGGAUGAGAGGAUGAAGCUGUUCUCAGAGGAGAUACAGGAUGAGAGGAUGAAGCUGUUCCCAGAGGCGAUACAGGAUCAGAGGAUAAAGCUGUUCUCAGAGGAGAUACAGGAUGAGAGGAUGAAGCUGUUCCCAGAGGAGAUACGGGAUGAGAGCUUGAAGCUGUUUCCAGAGGAGAAACAGGACGAGAGGAUGAACCUGCUCUCAGAGGAGAUACAGGAUGAGAGGAUGAAGCUGUUCCCAGAGGAGAUACGGGAUGAGAGCUUGAAGCUGUUUCCAGAGGAGAUACGUGACGAGAGGAUGAACCUGCUCUCAGAGGAGAUACGGGAUGAGAGGAGGAAGCUGUUCUCAGAGGAGAUACAGGAGGAGAGGAUGAAGCUAAUUCCAGAGGAGAUACAGGAUGAGAGGAGGAAGCUGUUCCCAGAGGAGAUACAAGAGGAGAGAAUGAAGCUGUUCUCAGAGGAGAUGCGGGAUGAGAGGAUGAAGCUGGUCUCAGAGGAGAUACAGGACGAGAGGAGGAACCUGCUCUCAGAGGAGAUACAGGAUGAGAGGAGGAAGCUGUUCCCAGAGGAGAUACAAGAGGAGAGGAUGAAGCUGUUCUCAGAGGAGAUGCGGGAUGAGAGGAUGAAGCUGUUCUCAGAGGAGAUACAGGAUGAGAGGAGGAACCUGUUCCAAGAGGAGAUCCAGGAGGGGAGGAGAAAGCUGUUCUGA